AUGGGAAGGCGACGAAUUGGAAAGGCCAGUAUCGUCUCCGGCAUAACUGGUCACGGGGGGGUUUGUCGACUAAGCGAAGUCGAGUUUCCCCCCAGGCCAGAUCCGCCCAACCUAGCAAAGCUAUGUGCGGGGUUUGUCUUCACGGCGGACUCUGCACAUGGUCUCCGGAUUUGGGCGGCGAAGGAUCCUGCAAUUUGUCUGGCAACGGCCCCGUUUUCGGAGCAGGACGGGUCUUCCAAGAUUUGUCCAACUGCUUUGGCUGUGUGUGACUUGCAAGAAGUCCAAGAAGUGGUUGUGGGAUUCGAGGAUGGACAUUAUAAACGUUAUAUCAUGAAUCCCGAAACAUCUCAAUUGGAGCUACGGUCAUGCCAUACGGGAUCUAGUCGAGGAGCUAUUACUGCUAUGGCUUUAUCAUCGCCAUAUGUCUUAAUGGUAUCCCAUGAUAAGAUAUUGUCUUUGCACUACCUCGAUUCUGAGCAGCAAGAUUCAGCGAAUCCUGGAGAAGUAUUGCCUUCGCAGGAAAUUGCAUCUCUGAAAGCAGACAAUAUGAUUGCGCCGAUGACUCUCUGUCUUCGAAAGUCGACAUUCGAGAUCGUGGCUACCAUCGUGUAUAGCUUCUUCCAUAUUGGAUGUGGAUGGUCCCUGGGAAUCCAGGAACUUCAUUUCAGCAAAGAUGGCCAACAGCUUGAGUCUCGGCUUACAAGCACUGUUGAUUCACAAUAUGGCAUCAGGCCACCACAAAUCCUGGCACCAUCUGCCAGGCGACGCCACUCUGCUACAUCUGAUCCUAGGCCAGUGGGACAUCCAAAUGCUGAAAUCCCAGCCAUGCCGUCUAUCUUGCAUAAGCAACCGCCAACAUCAAUGUCCUACUCUCAUCCUUACCUACUGACCUCGCAUGCGGAUAAUACUUUGACCAUGUAUCUGGUAGUUUCCAACUCCAGUGAACUGUUUGUGCGAGGAGGCCAGCGUCUAUGGGGUCAUACAUCUUCCGUAUCCACCGUCCAGGUAACAAAUCGCGGAAAAGCGAUUUCUGUCGGUGCUCGAGGGGAUGAAAUCCGCAUCUGGGAGCUUGAGAUGGCUAUUUCAUCCUUAGGCACGAGUCGGCCGUUCAAUGAGGAAAGCAGCAUACAGGUCAACCCAGAACAUGAACACAAAGAGGAAGACCUGGAUCUGCGUGUUGAUGUUGACUAUACACCGAAGAAUGGUCGGCAAGAAAUCGGUGGGUUAAAGCUAGAUUCCGAUUCUGACAGGGCGCGAGAAUCUCUCACUCCCAGCCUGCAUGAAUGUGUUGGAUUUGACGAAGAACGAGUCUUUCUCCUCCGAGAGAAGACGGUCGGUACGCAGCUACUGGAAUGCUACGAUUUCACGUAG